AUGUGGCUCCUGGAAAGUAAAGAUGCGUUUGAUGGACGGCGCCUCUGGCUUCGUCCCGGCAAGACUUACUUGUUUGGCCGAACGGCAUCUGAGCCGGGACAGCUGGCAAUAUCUCACACAACUAUUUCGCGGAAGCACUUGACGAUAACUGUUGAAACCGUCAAGGCCGGAUUUGCACAGCAUUUGACUGGUCGGUCGAAGCUUACAAUCGAAGAUUUGGGCACAAAGAUUGGUACAGUUGUCAAUGGCCGGAAAAUUCGGGGUGAAAAAUAUGUUGCCGCUGAAGCGGAGCUUGAGGUUACGAUGGGCAAAUGCCCGAGCAAGUUUAGGAUAACUUGGUUUCCGGUGGCCUUUACUUUCUCAUUCACCAGCAAAGAGCUACAAACGGACCCGCUCACUACGCUCCAAGAACGAUUUGAGCAACUUGACGUUAAGCUUCUGACAGAUUAUAAUAUCGAGCACACAACCCAUGUAGUGUCAAGAAAACGCAAUACGGCAAAAGGGUUGCAAGCCCUCAUAAACGGAAAAUAUGUUGUGACAGAAACCUUUUUGGACGCGAUAACGCAAGCCGCAGAAGCAAAUGACGCUUCAGAGCCUAGCUCUUUGGAACAGGAUUUCGACACAUAUUGGCCAAGUGCAAUGGAGCACCUACCACCGCGUGGAGGCGAGCCCGUACAGCAUCCGGAUUCGAUAUAUGCUCCGGAUCGCGACCGGAAAGACGUUUUUGAAGGCUAUACCUUUAUUUUCUACGACAAAACUCAGUACAAUAAUUUAAUGGCGCCAAUUACGAAUGGUGGCGGAAAGGCUAUUUUUGAAUCCAUCACAACUGGUGAGACUCACACGGACGAAUUCGUCCGUUUUGUGAAACAAGUUGCGGGAGAAAAGGGCCUUGGCUCUUUUGAUGAUGGAAGCGAAGGCAAGGGUGUGGUUCUUGUUAGGUAUUUGCCAGCUAAAGGAGGACACAUCGAGUGGUACACAGAAUUCAUCACUGCUGUAUCAUUACGGCUCGACCACAGACCCAUAGAACAAAAUGAGUUCUUAGAGGCCAUCUUGACCAAGGAUGCCAAAAUACUUCGGCGGCCGCUGGAAGUUGAAUCAGCACCAGCUAGUCAAACAGCGGAAAAUGGCGAACCUGAACCAACCUUGACGGAAAAUGUUACCAGCGUACAAACCGAACCACUUAUCGAGGAACAACCACAACCAAGAAGGACUCGAACCACGAGACCAGUAAAGCGACGGUUCGCUGGAUUUGACGAUGAUGCCGACAUUGACAUGGACGACCUAGUCGUGGGUUCUCUGCCUCGAGACUCCGCGCCAGGCCGGGCGGAAAAACAGGAUGAAGGGGGCCUGUUCGUUUCACAGGAGCCUGAUAUGGCCGGAUCACAACCACCCCCUGGCAUAUACGAUAGUCAGGCACGGAAAAGGACAGCCUCAAUAGAGGAUGAUCUCAUGGACGGCAUGGCACCAGCAGUAGCUAGAUUCAAGCGACAACGACUAGAAAGAGGUGAAGACUUUGCUCCACCUUCACCGUUGCCCGAGCCAGAACCUGCCACAGUCACAGCGAAGAAGACAAAGGAAAAGCUGAACGUUCUGGCCAUGGCUGCUCGUCACCGUGAAGAGGAGGAGGCCCGGGCUCGUGCUGAGCGUGAGGAUCUGGCUAAUCUGCCUGACGACAUUGACCUAGCUGAAAUCCGCCGUCUGAACAUAGUGGAAGAGAUGGAGAUUCGCGUAUCGACCCGAGAUGCCAGAACCAGAGAGAAAGAUGUUGUUGAUGGCCGUUGGAAUCCGAAAUGGAAUGGAAUGAAAAAUUUCAAAAAGUUCCGAUCACGAGGCGAAGCAACGGGUAGACUACCCGUCAGAACCAUCGUUGCCCUGCAAGAGGUCAAGAACAAGGAGUUUGGAAUAGGUGAUAAUUACUGGCUGGAAGAUGAAGGUGUCGAGCGGAAGAGGUCACCAACUAAGGUCCGCUCCGCUCAGAGCACGCAAAACUCAGCGUCUGUAGCAGAGCCAUCGCCUCGACACCGCGCAACUCAUGUUGUCGUUUCGGAGAGUGAAGAGGAAGAUGACGCACCUGACAGUGUACGACCCGGAAAACAGACAGGUUCUGUGGGAACAAGUAGCACGAAAGUCACGGCCACACCGUCACAAACUACAUCGACUAGUUCAUCCCGACAGGCAAGAGCAACACAAGAGAAGAGGUCUGCUGCGGAGUCAUUGUCGGGCCAGCGAGCCAAAAGACAAAGGCCAGCGUUACGAGCUAUUCAAGCCGAUAGCGAUGAUAGCGAAGAUGAACUUAAGUUUAGAUUUGGUAAGCGACGAUAG